GAGCCGCAUAUGCUGAUAGCUGUGAUAUGGAGACCUUUAAAGUUCUGAGAGUGCUGUGUGCGGUUAUUUUCCUACUUAUGGUAUACAGGACACCAUGCGCUAAUGCCAUCAGCAAGUGCGAAUCGCAAGAGUCAACUUUCACAAGAGCUCUGAAAGGACACACCUAUGACACAUUCGGGGUCAACAGCCCGGAUGUUUGCGUCAAGAGAUGUGAAAAAGAAAAAAGAUGUCAGAGCAUCAACUUUGUAUUUGAAGAACAUAUCUGCGAACUGAAUAAUCGUAGCAUGGAGGCAAGACCAGAUGGCUAUGUAGUAGAUCCGAGACGGAUUUACAUGACGGUAUAUCUUAAUAGAGUUCCUCUUGGCUCGAUCCCUGAACUGCCGGCCAAGUCGUGCGCAGAAAUUAAGGCGAGUGAAGGAGAACAGGCUGUUAAUGGUCAUUACUGGCUUGACCCUUACAAUACCGGCAAGAACGAGUGGACCAAUUGUUAUUUGGAGACAAAAGGUUCCCUCUUUCACUGGACACUCAGUGGCACGGACAGCUCGCUAACAUUACGAGGAGCGGCAAAGUUUGUCCGGAAAAGCGGCAGAACUGUUCUGUAUUUAGACGGAACCCAAGGGACGUUCGCAGAGACUUCAUCAGUUCCUUUCCAAAAAACUGACCUAACAAUUGCAGUUUGGAUCUUUAUAAAAUCACCGUUAACAAGAAGGCAAGAAAUUUACUCAGACUGGUCUUCUCCGCAUCAGUUCCGAAUUGGCAUUGAGAUAAAUGGUCAGCUGUGUUUCCAAGGAAGACGAGACGUAGGUGGAGAAAGCGACAUGAUGACUCCAUGUACAAAGUCAAGGUAAGUACAAUUUUUCUGUCACGAUCAACGAGGUGGCGAUUUUC